CGAUUUGCGCACUUAUCACGAAAGUUCAGACUUGGAUCCUGCCAGCUGUCGGUUAUCGUAUCACCUCGGCGAUUGAGAUAGAUUCGAUGCGACACUCCUUCUGGGGAAAAGUGUGUGAAGGGCAGGGUCAUUCCAGACUUGUAUGUGAGCCUGUUGUCUUGCGGAUGUCACAGACGUGGAUAGCGCUAGAAGAAGCGCCGACUGGAUGCCAGUACUGCCAUGCUGGCAAAAUGAUCCGGAAAUGCAGCCGACAUGAAGGGCUCAUCUGACUGCAGGACCGCAAACGUGUUCGGCCCCCUUUUGUGACGCCCUAGAAGUCUCCCAUCAAAGUUCUGACCGUUUAUGAGGAUAUCACGGUCAUGCCUGCCGGGAAAGGCCAAUCGCUGAGUAUGAUGGAACUAUCCAAGUUGCUGGGCCGGCUUGUGCAACACCUGGGCGUGAAAAAUAGCACGCACACUGGCGCUAUAUAACGCGCAGAUCGCGGCAGGCUCUGGCGCUUCACGAACUUCGAGUCCACUUUUGCCCUGCUCAAGUCAAUCCCAUGAACAUUCCUCUCUGGUCUUGUCCCCCAUCUCCCGAACCAAGCCCACAUCGGGCGGUUUUGAAGGAAAGGCGCUCCAGACACCCAUUCCUCUUUAGAAUUGAGGAUGAGUAUUCACAAACAAUAGUGGAUCAAGAACGCAACCGCAUUGCGACCUGCUACUCCAAUGUUCUAGCUGCGGAAGCUGCGAUUCGUCGGCAUUCGAACAACAACACCGACCCGUUCCAGUUUGACAUAGCAUGCGAGCAUUGCAAAUGGAGAUCAGAGAAACCCUCCCCUUACAUCUCCGCAACUCGGAGCCCGCGUUGGGCCUUUUGGGAGUGCUACAGCCGUCUCUUCCAAACCGGUAAACGAUACAGGAAGUCCGACAAAGUCCGUAUCGUGAUUGUCGAUGCAAGCCGCUUAACCCAUGUCGAGGACGCCAAUGCAAUACUCGAUACUGAUACAGUACCGACCCUGCGGAGGUUUACCAAUAUGGCACAAGAGUCCCUUGUGUUCGCCAUCAUCCCAGAGACUGCGAUUCUCUCGAUUGUAGACGUGAAGAGCGAUGUCUUCCGUGAAGCAGUCGAGCGGCUAUAUCCUGGAAUAUGUACCGAUUCCGAUGUCGUGGACAACUCUUUCCGGGAUGCGUGGAAGUCUGACGUCCACCGUUGGAAAUACUCGACCAGAAUUGGCAACUACGGACUGGGCAGGCGGGGAGCCGCCCUCGCCGUGGUGUUGCUCGACGAUGUCUGGAACCUCGACUGGACCGGUUAUAGCGAGGACAAAGGCAAUGGCAUCCUUCGCACCACUUUCUUCUUAGCCGAGCAAAUCCUCUUGGACAAAUUCAACUUCUACACAGAGGAAAGUCAUCAAAACCCCGACAUCUUCCAUGGUAUCAACGACUACAUCACUGAAACGGUGGAAAAGCGCCAAGAAAAUUGGCACACUUCUCAUGAGCUACCUGUUCCAGAGCUGGACGUUUCAAUAUCUCCUAACGCUACGGCGGACGAUACAGAUAUUGAAGCGCUUGUGACCUCACUCUCAAACGUCGGGAUUCAUGAUGAACCUAAGGGGUUACUCGUCGCUGCUUGAAGUACAGGAUGAUGUUUCCAAACACUACCACAUGGCCAGUCUUGUUUCUGUAGUAUCGACAAUUCAUUUUUGUCAAACACAGUCUAGGGGAUACAUUUACC